GUCCAUUUUUCGCUUUUUCUAGUAUCGCUUGUAUAUAAAGUUCACAAAGAAAUAUAAUAUAAUAUAAAUCUUACCACAUUAAGAAACCUUUAUUCUUUGCUAAAAUGUGAACUACCCUUUUGGCCUCUCUCCCCAAGUCAACCUUAUCUUUGCGAUGGUAGAAGGAUAAGCACCAAAACAAUGGAGGACACCACAUGGGAGCAAAAACUCAAUGCCCUAACCCACAUCCUAAUCAACCCUACAACCGCACCAUCUCCCCACUCCCAGCUCUUCAUCGCCACCCAAAUCCCCUGCUACCUCAACUGGGACUACCCUCCAAUCCUCUGCACCAAAUCCACCUUCCCUCCCAUCCACCUCCAAUUUGCCAUCUCCCUCUUCCUCAAAAGGGUCUCCAGAUUAGGGCUCCCCCAGACCUCCUGGAGGUCCAAGUGCCCUUACCAGCUGCCCCCGCCAUUGGUCCUUGCAAAGGGCGUAGAGGAAGCUCAGUGGGGUGAGGAGCAGAGGAUAGAGAGGUUUAGGAAGAGGAUGAGGAGAAAACGACUUGGUAGUGAUGUGAAUCCUUUGCUUCCUAUUUUGGUUCCCAAUAUGUUGUUGUUUUUUCUUCUUCUUUGGAACCCUAGUAUCGAAAAUUAGACAAAUUUUAGGGUCAGAGGCUUCCGUGUCGCGUUAUCCUUCACUCAAGACAUACAAAGAUUCCUGUAUUCGGAUCUGCCCACAUGAAUCCGUGUGGGAUCCGAAUACAGGGAGUUUUUCUUGUGUCUUGCGCGGAUGCGUGACGCGACACGGAAAUCUCUACCCUAAAAAUUAAGUUGUACUUGGACUAGCUUAGCUAAAAGUGGUUCUUCUUAAUUGUAUCUUAAUUUGUAUCUGAGUUUCUGGGAAUCUGUGUUUUAUUUAUGUUUUCGGGAUGUAUAAAAGAAUGAAUUUGUACUAGCUUAGCUUUCAGCUGAAAUCAGUAGUCUUUACAGAUA